AGAAGAAGACGUUCAUACUUGUAGUCCGUACUGUCAACUGGGUGGUAACAGCGGUAUACGCACGAUCGUGUUUUAGGAAAUGCAUUAAAUGUGAGCGUGAUUUUUUGUUUUUUACUUUAAUUCAACAGAGCUGGACACCUUACAUCUGAGGAAGAUGCAGGAUGACGCCCGAUACCUCAAACGGAAAGUCACUGUUGGCAGUCUGGAUGUCCAUCCUAUGGAGAUCGCCCUUGUGGUCCACUAUGAGGUGGAGGCCUCCAUUUUAGCUGAGACUGGAGGGCAGAUGCUGGGAGAUCGUAAAGAGGGGCAAAAAAUUAUUCGUGUGAAGAGUCUGUCUCCUACCACAGAUGUUGGAGCUCUGGCCAGGAAAGUGGUGGAGGAGUGUAAGCUCAUCCCUUCCUCUCGUCUCCCAGAGGUGGAACAGCUUCUUUACUACCUGCAGAACAGAAAGACAUCACCAGUGGAAGCUAAAGCAAUGGAAAAGAAAGACACAAGAAAUGUGAAACCAAAAGACUUGGCUCCUUUUGAAGGCAUGGAGUUAAAUGAGGAAGCUGUCAUAACAACAGUGGACGAAUAUGUGGAGCUGCUCUAUGAAGGAAUUCCAGAGAAGAUCAGAGGAGCGGCGCUCAUUCUGCAGCUCGCCCGUAACCCUGCCAACCUGGAGGAGCUGCUGCACAACGAGGCAGCCCUAGGUGCAUUGGCCAGAGUACUGAGAGAAGACUGGAAACAAAGUGUAGAGCUGGCCACCAUUAUCAUUUAUAUCUUCUUUUGUUUCUCCAGUUUCUCCCAGUUUCAUGCAGUGGUGAGUCAUUACAAAAUCGGUGCCCUGUGCAUGAGUGUGUUGGAACAUGAGCUGAAGAGACAUGACGUCUGGUGUGAGGAGCUGCGCAAAAAGAACAAAGCUUGUGAGUCUGCACCAGAGGAUGGCACACUGAGGAGAGACCAGGACAAAGCUUUUAGAAAGUACCAAGGCCUGAGGGCCAAACAGGAACAGCUGCUCAGAGUGUCAAUUUACCUCCUGUUGAACCUGGCUGAGGACACCAGGACGGAGCUGAAGAUGAGGAACAAGAACAUCGUUGGGCUUCUGGUCAAAGUCCUCGAUCGGGAUGAUGAGGAACUGCUAGUGUUGGUGGUGUCCUUCCUGAAGAAACUGUCCAUCUUUUUGGAAAACAAGAAUGACAUGGCCGAGGUGGACACAGUCGAGCGACUGGCUCGACUGGUGCCAUGUGACCACGAGGAUUUAUUAAGUGUGACACUGCGUCUGCUGUUCAACCUCUCCUUCGACUCUGGGCUGCGAGCCAAGAUGGUGGAAGUGGGACUGCUACCUAAACUAACUGGAUUAUUGAGUGAUGACAACCAUCGACAGAUCGUCAUGCGGAUCCUGUAUCACAUCAGCAUGGACGACCGAUUCAAGGGCAUGUUUGUUUACACUGACUGCGUACCUCAGCUUAUGCAGAUGCUGUUCGAAUGUGGGGAGGAAGAGACUGAAGCUGAACUCAUCACCAUCUGCAUUAACCUGGCUGCAAACAAGAGGAGUGCACAGCUUAUGUGUGAAGGAAAUGGACUGAGGAUGCUCAUGAAGAGAGCUCUGAAGAUGAAGGACUGUCUGCUGAUGAAGAUGAUCAGAAACAUUUCACAACACGAUGGACCAACCAAACCACUUUUCAUAGAUUAUGUUGGGGACCUGGCAGCUGAGAUCCGAGCAGAUGAAGAGGAGGAGUGGGUACUCGAGUGUCUGGGGACACUGGCCAACCUCACCAUACCUGACCUGGACUGGGAGCUGGUGCUAAAGGAGUACAACCUGGUACCGUACCUCAAAGAUGGACUCAAACCAGGCUCAGCAGAGGACGACCUUAUCUUAGAGGUGGUGAUAAUGAUCGGCACUGUUUCCAUGGACGAUGCCUGUGCUGCCAUGUUGGCCAAAUCUGGCAUUAUACCUGCUCUUAUUGAACUACUGAAUGACGAUGAGUUUGUGUGUCAGAUUGUCUACGUCUUCUACCAGAUGGUUUUUCACCAGGCCACACGAGACGUCAUCAUCAAAGACACCCAGGCGCCAGCGUACCUGAUCGAUCUGAUGCAUGACAAGAAUGCAGAAAUCAGAAAAGUGUGUGACAACACCCUGGACAUCAUCGCUGAAAACGAUGAGGAGUGGGGGAGGAGGAUCCAGUCCGAGAAAUUUCGCUUUCACAACAACCAGUGGCUGGAGAUGGUGGAAAGUCGUCAGGCUGAUGAGACGGAAACAUAUCUGUACGACAAUGACAAUGAAAGAGCUGAUCUGUUCUACAGUGCAGACGGAAUAACUCCAGGAGAUGGUUCCAUCAGCCCAGACUUCUUCGGUGAUCUGCAGGCACAGAAUGGAGACUCGUUCCACUCAGAAGACAACAGGGACGUGUUUGACCUGACCACCACGUCAUCAGGACGACCAGUCACUGCCUACGGCUUCAGACCUGAUGAACAGCCUCUCUAUCAGUUCACAUAGACACAGAUAGACGUGUCUGGUUUGUUGGACACUUCACUUCCUGUCAUCUUAGGCUCGUUUCCUUCCUGA